GUCUGUUCUGCUGCUCUGAGCAUUUCAAGCCUCCGCAGCACACAGAUUUCAGUAGAUCUCUUCUGCACUGACUGAAGCCACCUCAACAAACUCCCAGACUUAUUUUCUUCCUGGAAAAUCCACAUUUGGACAUUGACAUGGCUUCUGAGAGGGUUCUUACAGCAGGCCAGUGCUGGGGGAUCUUGGUGUCUGCUGAAAAGGAUUUCUUGAAAGUCAUUGAAAAAGUUAUGAUGGAUGAAAUAGAAGAAAUGACAAGAGAAGAGGAGCUGCUGGUGCUGUAUUUCAUGGAGGUCUUAGUGAUGCUGUGGUUCCUCCAAGAGCCAGAAGUGGUGAAGAAUAUGACCGUUUCUGAUUGGCUGGAGCGGACAUACAUUGAGGGAAAUGGUGAACGAACCAUGGUGGAAGUAAAUCAAUGCGAUGCCUUCUUUGUCAUGUCAAUGGAGGAGGAAAUGUGGUUUGAUGGCUAUUACGAAUAUCUGCGUCCAGCGAUGAUCAAGAGGAGGCACACGAGAUGCAGUUUUGAUAAAGCUGAGAAAUUCUUCAUAUCUUCUUCAGGGGAUCCGGUUGACAAUCCCUCUGAAGAUCUAAAGAAGCUGCAUGAUAAGUAUUUUCUCCCAAGAAUCACCAGCAAUAUGGCCAGAUCUUUUGUACACGUUGUCAUGCAAAACUAUGAUUUGACAGAUGAGGAGAAUCUCUUAAGUCCAGCUGAAGAGCCUGAGCCCACGUGGAUGAAUGCGAACACAGCUUUUUACAUGCUGAAGAUGUUACAUCCAGUAACGGUGCAUGCAGCACCUCCAGAAAAAGCUGCACGAAUGCACAUCUCAAGGAAAUAUGAGAGCCAUUGCCUCUCGCUUUGGUGUGGCAAUCAAAAGAAACUCCGGAAGCGUCUUGUACUUGAUACCUUUGGGCCAUCUCGGCCAUCUGAGAGCAAAGUACACAGCUGGAUUGAGAUGCAGGGGUGGAUGGAGAAUGUGCCAGAUGCUGCUGAAAUCAUGAAGGACUGGAAGCCUCCACGAAGCAUCCAAGCACCGACAGACAGUAAAUCAAUCCGUCAGAUGAUCCGCAAGCAGUGCUGGAAAGGCUUGCAGCUGAUGGACAGAGAAGGCAAGGGUCUCAGUGUGGUCACCAGCAGGCCGUUUGCUGGCGGAGAGGUGAUCUGUGACUUCCACGGCCGGCUGAUCUCCAGGGAAGAGGGACUGGAGAUCCACCAGAACAACGAGGCACAAGCUGGACAUUUGUUUUUCUUUACCAACAAAAACGGACAGGGCAUGUGUUUGGAUGCCCAUGAGGAGCGCUGCGACUGCCAUCCAAACAAAACUACGUUUGGCAGACAAAUUAAACACUCUGUCAAGCGCGCCAAUCUCAGUCCUAGACUGCACUUUGUGGAGAAUGAACCAGUCAUACUAUUCAUGGCCACACGGGACAUUCAGACCAACGAAGAGAUCCGCUAUGACUAUGGAGAUAACAAAAGGUCCUUCGCUGGUGACGGUCUGGACCUGACGCCGUCCUAAAUGAAGAUUGACAUUAUGUGGACUAUGCACAGGCCUUCUGGAAAAUAUCUUUAUUUGAACGGGACUUAAUUCUUGUCCUGUUUUUAUCUAUAUUGUUUUAAAAAUGUGACAACCGACAAUCAUAUAAAACAAUGACAUUUAAAAAGCAUUGAUAAUUUGUCCCUCUUGUCUUUUAACAAGCCUAUUACAUUUUCUUUUUGAAAGUUAUUCUUAGCUAUUGAGAGUGUUUUACUUUUUUAUUUUAUGCGUUUGUAAAAUAGAGGUCUGUUAC